ACCAAACAGCAUCACACUCCACUCCUUGGCAAGUUGUGCUGAUGUUCUUUCGUCUUUUUCCACUUUGGAAAGCUAGUGUGUGUGCAUGUGUUUGAUUGCUGGGAAGAAGGAAAACGGUGUGACAUUAGGACCCAGGGAACAGAACUGCUGUGUUUGUUGAUCAAAAGUUUGCUGAUUGUAGUGUUGGCUGACUGGAGAGAGAGAGAGGUGGAGAGGUGGGAGAAAGUCAACGGGCUUAUCUCUGAAGGAGAAACGUGCUCACUGCGCACACAAGCAACAGGCAACCAGAGGGCGAUUCGUCUGAUACAACAAGGAAAACCCUCUCCCGUGGGACUGGGAACUCGGGGUGGAACAAGUUCAGAGAGAAAAGCCAGUUGUGUGGCCUCAGUAACAGAUCCAUAUCACCUGAAGCAGAGCACAGCACACCACGUCGCUCACUUCUACUCCAGACAGCUUACUGGGGUCUGGAACUGGUAGACUUUGGACCUCACAGUGUCUGGUCGACUCACAAGGUCCAUUCAGAUGCCUCUGAAGAACGGGCAGUACUUCAAGUCGGCCACGUUGCGGUGGUCUCGGAAGCAGAAGCCGCGGGCCUCGGUGCUGUCGGGCAGCAUGAUCAGCCAGCCGCUGGGUGACUUCCGCCACCUCUCGCACAUCGGCCUGGACGAGUCCUUCGGCGACGUCUCAGUCUUCCAGCGCAGCGGCAGCCUCAUCCUGCACGGCUCGCACAGCGACCAGAACAUCUACCAGCACCUCAUGGGCCCACCGCCGCCCAAACCGCCCAGGCUGCUCACGCCCGAGGAGGCCGCCGCACAGGCCCGCAGGUCACCGGCCGCGACCACCGCCGCCGCUGCUGCCCCCACGCACAAGAAGUGCCACUCACUCCCCCUGCUUGAUGAGGUGGAGGUGGUGGGGGUGGAGGUUGGACUGGCCCCUCCGUCCAUGCCCUGCAGGGAGAAGGCAGAUGUGCAAGUGUGGGGCGGGGAAGUGGAUGGACGUGCUGCUGUCUCCACUGUUGCUGUGCCACUGGCAACCAAAGGCCAGCAGCAGCGCUUCAUUCCUGUUGGCUCGGAAGACAUCCCGCUGUCUCUCAACCUGGACCUGGGACCCUCCAUACUGGAUGACGUCCUGAGGGUGAUGGACAGGCAGUGAGGGCCCGAAUCCUUAAUUUUGCCUUGAAUGACUGGAAUGCUACAUUUUUGUCCAUCUGACUUGUCACUUUGACAUGGGUCAUUGCUGGCACAUUUGUGAGAGUGCCAGAGUGUAUCGGGAGUAGAAAGCUGCACAUGCUACCCUGUGAAGAAAAGCUGAAGAGCUUUUACUGUUUGUUGCCAAUAAUUGUUGGUGAAAUGCUGUUCAAUCUGAUAUUUCUUUGUAAAAACAGCCAAAAAAACAGUUAUUGGCCUCUGUGGACUGCACAGAACAGAUAAAUGAUUGACUUUGAAAUUACUGAUGGGUGUGGAGGAGAGAACUGUGAAGGAAGUUUUUUUGUUCUGCCUUUGAUAGUCCACUUCCCACUUCAAACUGUGACCAGCUUCUGCUUCACGCAUAGCCUUCAUUGGGAGAGACAUGGGUUAAAUGUAAUACAGUCUGUUUUUCCUGGUAGACUGUGUACAGUGAUGCAUUCAAACGAUUUAACACUGUACGUGAGGAGAAUUGCUGUAAAGCCUCUUAACGGUGCCUCUUUGUACAGUAUAUGCUGUCCCUUGCAGAGGAAACACGUGGUGAAAAAUAAGGCUGUCUUGGACAGACUGUAAAAAUUAUGCCUUAAGCUGAUGGUUUAAAAGAUUCUAGGAAUUGUUGUUGUUGUACAUAAAACAUAUCUUAUUCAAUAAAUUUAUAUUCUGAAAGUGGUUUCCCUAAUUUUUAAGAUUCAU